CACAUGACCCGAGACCGCUCCACCAAACUUGCUAUUUGACUUUCUUCCCCAGCGGGGCCGCUUGCUUCCAGUUAGUUGGGACGACUCCAAAGAUGUCUCCGGCUGGGUGAAGGCGCUUGUCGAAAAUAUGUCGUAAGGUGUCAGUGGUGUAAACGUGUGUUACUAGCAGCUACGCCAUGUGAAUGAUUGACCCGGAGGAAAGUGUCCUGUAUGCAGAGACCUGGUUCACUGUUGAAGAUGUCCGGCGGUAGCUUGUUGAGCAAGGUGCGCUCCGCCUUUAGGAGAGAGCGGGACCACUGGGACAUGAGCAGCGACACGGCACCCUUCGACUUCUCCGACGAGCUGGUGGAGGACGAAGCGCCGAAAUUCACCAAGCUGAAGGUGGUGGUCUCCGGCGAGAUGUCGGACUACUCCGCCGGCGCGCCGUCCAACGGGGUGGCGGUCGACACGCAGGUGGUGGCGGGCCGUGCGGAAGACGACGACUCCCUGCUGGACUCUUCCUCCGGCCUGGGAAGCCCGGUCCUGAACGCGGACCCCUGCGACAGCUGCACCAAGAAGCGCGAGACGAUGAAGCAGAGGAAGGUGAUGAAGAGGCUGGUUGUCGCAGCUGUGCUCUACUUUCUCUUCAUGAUGGCUGAAAUUAUAGGUGGCUAUGUGUCAAACAGCCUCGCCAUCAUGACCGACGCUGUGCACAUGUUGGCGGAUGUGGUGGGUAUCCUUUUCUCCCUGCUUGCUCUGUGGCUGUCCACUAAACCACCCACCAAGAGAUUCACCUUUGGACUGCAUCGCCUCGAGGUGAUAUCGGCGGUCCUCAGUGUGACCCUCAUCUACAUCCUGACGGCGAUACUGCUCUUUGAGGCCGUUCAGAGGACGCUUACGCAAGACUUCGACAUCGACGGAGACGUCAUGAUCAUCACGGCGGCUGUGGGCUUGGCUGUCAACCUCAUAAUGGGCUUCUUAUUAAACCAAGGUGGUCACCUUCACUCUCACGGCCACGGUCACCCUCACGGGGCCGCAGCUGCGUCGGGCUCGCAGUCCGCAGGGUCCGGACGCAACCAAAGGCCACGCGGCAGCCUGGCUGUCCGGGCCGCCUUCAUCCACGCUUUGGGCGACCUCCUCCAGAGCGUCGGGGUUCUCAUAGCUGCAUACAUCAUCCGCUUCAAGCCGGACUAUAAACUGGCAGAUCCCAUCUGCACCUACAUCUUCUCAGUCCUGGUUCUGUUCACCACAGUCCGCAUCAUACGUGACACGACAGUCAUCGUGCUGGAAGGCGUGCCCAGACACCUCGACACUGUGCGGAUCAAAGAGGAUCUCCUGAAGCUGGAAGCCGUGCAGUCGGUCGAUGAGCUGAAUAUUUGGGCGCUGACUGCGGAUAAAACUGCAGCGCUUGUGCAUCUUCAGCUCACGCCGUCAAGUGCCAGCGAGUGGGAGGACGUCCAGGCAAAGGCCCGCCACCUGCUGCUUCACACCUACGACCUGACCAGAUGCACGGUUCAGGUCCAGACGCACAGGCAGAGGCCCGUGCGCACCUGUGCGCACUGUCAGCAGCCCAGCGCUUAAACUGGACAUUUCUACUGCUCUCACUUCUUCCUCUCUGUGCGUUUCUUUGGAGCCACUUGUUGGCGAGUCCGGGCAGAAGGCACCUGGGUGUUGCACCGCCCAGAAGUAACACUCCUGGUGAAAGAAAGGAUUAUGAGGACCGACUGCUCUUUGACAUGUUCAGCUCAGGAACAUGAACCAUCAGCACUUUCUUUUAAAUCACCACGAAGGCCUAUUUAUCUGUGUUUUACACUUUGAUUUAUGGCAACUGGUGAAUAGUUUUUGUUAUUGUGUUUUGGGCCUGUAUGUUACUUUAACUAUGGAAAGCCUUUCGAGAAUUUAUUCAGUAGCCUUGAUAUCCAUCUUAAGGUCCAUGUACUCUUUGCUCUUUGUCCUCACGAGUAAGACAACUCGGCGCACUAGUAAAAUGGUUGUGUCUUACUAGUAAUGUUUUUGUUUCCCCCCACUACUUGAUAACAUUUCUACACACUAUUAGGACAACUUUGGCUACUGCAUGCUACUACUACUACUACUACUACUGACAUAAAAUUCUACUAGUUAACAUCUAGAGCUUGAUGUCAACUACUGCAGAGUUUUGCCUCACAGGUAACAUGUAGUUAUCCUACUAGUGCAGUUUUGCCUCGCUUGUAAGGACAGAGAGGUUCCCAGUACUUGGACCUUAAGGUGGAUAUCAAGGAUAUGGAAUUAAUGCUCAAACGGCUUGCCGUAGUUUACCGGAAAAGUACAGCAGACUGAAUCACUUAAUGCAGCUCAUUGUACUUGCGUUACUAGCCUUUAACUAAAGUCACUUUCUGCUCAACUGACCCGCACUAAUAUUUGAACUCAAUUGUGUCAACGCUGACUGCAGAGUUGAAGCCGGCAGCAGCAGCCGAGUGCAAUGAAGGCCGCUGUACCUCAUUGGUGGCUGACAGCGUUGUGGCACUGAGUCAACUCUCCUCCAGUAUUUCCCGUGUUCACAAAUAGUAAUGCUCUUCAUAUUCGUCACAGGAUGUCCAAAUCUGGAUCACAUGCUUUGUUUUGUAAUAAAAUAUUGUUUCACUCACAA